AUGCCAGCACUAGACCGCCGGCCAAGUUGCAGCCGUGUACUCGCUGACGUGGAAAUGGCGGCGCUGGAGGGCAAACUGGCUCUUCUCGAGUCGCAGCGGCAGCUCAGCGCCGUCAAGUGUCGCAUCUUCGUCGACAUGAUGGAAUCAACUAUGCAGUGCGCCGAGGAGUCUACUAUCGAGAAAUACGCAGCGUAUUCUGAGAAGGACACCGAUUUGAGCUUUGAGGUGCCCGCAUACGAACCCUACAGUAAGAGGGACAACGGGUUGGCACGAACUCUAUCAUCAUCAGGCGCGAAGCAGCACGCGCCGUGCGAAAGAUUGCGCGCGACGAACACAGCUCGCAACAGUAAUAGCAGCACCGGCGGCGGCGGCGGUAGCAGUGGUGACGGGCGGAGGGCGUACGAGCCUUUCGCGCCGCCGAGAGUCGACAGCGCGUAUCGCCGGAGGUCCAUCGACGUGCCGUCGGUGUCAUCAGCAUCGGCGCGCUGCGCGUCGUGGCGGGUAGAUAUGAUCUUCUACACCCCCAGUGCAAGUGGCACCGGAAGCCCCGCCCGCCCUCUUUCCCGCCGCCGCAGCGGCUCUUUCCGCGCGCCUGGUCACCCCCGCGGGACUCCGGACGCCGCCUGCGCCGAGCCGCUGCCCCGCGAUGUGUCCGAAUUGCCUCGUGGCGGCGGCGAGACCCGACGCGCAGCUACUGCGGGGCGGCGAUCAUUUCAAACGACUCGGGAGCUGCGAUACGGGCAGGGGCACGAGGAUCGCUGCGCCGCAGAGCUGCGCGGCUCUUCCCGCUCAUCGUCCCCUGCUUCCGCAUCGUCCGCUUCCCCCUCCAGCCCCGAAGCUUCUGCCCGCCUGCGCUCUCCCUGGACCAAUGCCGCGGGUCCCUUCGACCAACUUCCGCCCGUUCCCGCUCCACCUGAUGUCCCGCUGUCCGCCCUAGAGCCAACCCAAAAUGGGCCGUGCGCCAAAGAAGAAACGAGCAAGUCGCGGGGAGGCUCCUGGCGCCGGCGCGCGCAACCGAAAGCGGAGCAGCGCGCGGAAAAAGCAGUCGAGGUGUCGACUGCGCAGGAAGGGAAGCCGUCAGCGCACCGCGACAGACGCCGAAUGAGUCUGGGAGGAUUCGCGAGCAGUCUGUUGGGUGAUUUGCGGUACAGAUAG